GAUGGGAAUGGGUCAUGACCAGGAGGAGUGUGCACUGAGUGGACUUGUACAACCAGCUGUGGUUUAGACUUCAGCGCAUUGGAUUAUUCUUAUCAUCCUUUUCUGUGUGGCUUUUAUCACUUCAGUCUUGCAGAUUGAAUAUUCUGUUCUCCCAGUUGUUAAUUGCAUUCUUUAAUGAAUGCAAAUAUCGUCAUGUUUAUCAGAACAAUAUUUCUCCUGUAUUUUACGCUCUCGUUCUCCAAACUUUCUUGGUGCUUGGAAAGUGAAGUUUCCUUCCCGAUUAGACUGGAUAACUACAACCAUGACCAGAGGGAUUUUGACAAUGUCGUGGAUAACGUGAAUGGAAAAUGUGUCAUAAAAAUACGAGCUUUCCAGCAGGACUUGGUGCUCGAUUUACAACAAGAUUCUAAUUUCCUUGCCCCAUCUGUUUCUAACCAAGACGCAUUCAGGUUCUCGAACACCGAAGUCCCCACAGACCUGAGCCGGUGUUUUUACUCCGGAUAUGUGAAUGAUGAUAGCAAUUCCUAUGCUGCUCUGAGUCUGUGUAAAGGUUUACAGGGUGCAUUUGGUUUCCAAGGCUGGGAAUAUUUUAUCAGUCCUGUGCAAAAUGACACCAGAAGCGCAGAGAGUGCGCACAUCAUCCGGCGCAGAACCAGCAAUAACCUGAAGCCAAACACAACCUCCAGGUGCGCAGUGGACAGCGACAUAAGUCUCCAAGUUGCGCAAACGUUGGAGAAGUACAGGCAUCUCAAAGAUUACAACAAUGUGACCGAAACGAUAUUGAAGAGGAUGGGGAGAGCCAAAAGGUUCGCUUCAGUUCCCAGAUAUGUGGAGACGCUCAUAGUGGCAGACGAGUCCAUGGCACAGUUCCAUGGAGAUGAUCUAAAACACUACCUGCUCACACUGAUGUCAGUGGCAGCCAGACUCUACAAACACCCCAGUAUCCUUAAUUCCAUCAGUAUCGUAGUUGUGAAGAUUUUGAUAAUAUCAGAGGCUGAUAAAGGACCCAAGGUGUCCGGGAACGCAGCCAUGACGCUGAGAAACUUUUGCACUUGGCAAAAAAAGCUGAAUAAGAACACCGACAAGCACGCAGAGUACUGGGACACAGCAAUCCUUUUCACUAGAGAGGACCUGUGUGGAGCCUCCACCUGUGACACUCUUGGAAUGGCUGAUGUUGGCACCAUGUGUGACCCAAAAAGGAGCUGCUCUGUAAUUGAAGACGAUGGCCUACCUUCAGCUUUCACCACAGCUCAUGAGCUUGGACAUGUAUUCAACAUGCCACACGACAAUGUUAAAGCCUGUGAUGAUGUGUUUGGAAAACUGCAGGACAACCACAUGAUGUCUCCCACCCUCAUUCAGAUCAAUCGCACCAGCCCCUGGUCCCCCUGCAGUGCUGCUAUCAUCACUGAGUUUCUGGACAGCGGGCAUGGUGACUGUUUGCUCGACCAGCCUCAGAAACCGCUGGUUCUUCCUGAUGUCCUGCCAGGAGUGUCCUACAGCCUCGACCGUCAGUGUGAGCUUGCAUUCGGUGAAAGCUCAAAGCCUUGUCCUUUUAUGCAGCCACCAUGUGGUCGCUUGUGGUGCACGGGGAAGUCUAAUGGGCAUUUGGUGUGUAUGACUCGACACUUCCCUUGGGCAGAUGGCACCCACUGUGGGGACGGACAGGUCUGCGACAGAGGGAUCUGCUCUAAAAAAGAGGAGGUCCAAAGUCUGAAGGUGGACGGUCGUUGGGGUAAAUGGGGCCCAUUUGGCUCCUGUUCACGCACAUGCGGAGGUGGUGUCCAGCUGUCUAAAAGGGAGUGUAACAACCCAGUUCCAUCAAAUGGUGGUAAAUAUUGCCAAGGGGUUCGGGUCAAAUACCGCUCCUGCAACCUGAACCGCUGCCCUGACACAGGUAAGACUUAUCGUGAGGAGCAGUGCGAGAUAAGCGGCUAUAAUUUCAACAAUAACCGCAUUGCCUCCUCUGCGGUUUGGAUACCAAAGUACUCUGGAGUGUCUCCCAACGACAGGUGUAAACUCGUCUGCAGAGCUAAUGGCACCGGCUACUUCUACGUACUGGCACCCAAGGUCGUGGACGGAACUCCAUGUUCCCCCGAUUCAACAGGGGUGUGUGUCCAAGGCAAGUGCAUCAAGGCUGGAUGUGACGGCAAAAUUGGCUCCACCAAAAAGUUUGAUAAAUGUGGAACAUGUGGAGGUGAUAACAAGGGUUGCAAGAAGGUGUCAGGACUCUUUACAAAGCCUAUACAUGGCUACAACUUCGUGGUCAUGUUACCAGUGGGUGCAGCCAACAUAGACAUCCGACAGCGAGGUUACAAGGGAAUGACGAGUGAUGACAACUACUUGGCAGUAAAGAACAGUGAUGGUCAUUACCUGCUCAAUGGGAACUAUGUAGUGUCAGCUGGGGAGAGGGACAUCAUCGUAAAGAACAGCCUUAUGCGUUACAGUGGCACAGCAGGAUCCUCUGAAAUCCUGCAGGCAGUGAAACCCUUGGGUGAAGCUUUGACUGUGGAGGUGCUCUGCGCUGGCAGGAUGACGCCUCCUAGAAUCCGCUACUCCUUCUACCUGGCCCGUCAGAGUAAAGAAGACAAAACCCAGAAGAAGGAAGGGAAUGCAAACUCUCAAAACAGCGUCCUGGCAGAGGAUGGUGUCACGGUGAAAGGGAAAGACACCCUGAAGAAAUCUUACAACAAAGAGGAUCCUUCUCUUGGCAAAUGGAUAUCUACAGGGUGGGACCAGUGCUCAGUGACCUGUGGCAGUGGGACCCAGAGGAGGAUGGUGCAGUGUCUGAGGCCAGAUGGGAGGCCAGGGUUGGACUGUGAUCCUGCACAAAAACCCUUAGCCACCAGGAUUUGUGGAGACCCAUGUCCUGAGUGGAAGAUUGGAAACUGGUCACCUUGCUCCAGAACCUGUGGAAAGGGCUUCAAGAGACGGCCUUUGGACUGCAAAACUCAGACUGGACAUUUGCUGCCAAGGGACCACUGCAUUGGCAUACGCAAGCCACAGGAGCUGGACUUCUGUAACCUCAGGCCUUGCUAAUGACUUAAAACUAGACUAUAAACCUAUUGUUUUGACUGGACUGAAGUGGAACUGAACUAAGCAUCACACGUGUUGUGUUUGUCAGGUGCAGAUUUUUCCACCUGCAUCAUGGGGCUGUAAGAAGAUGAUGAUGGACAAUUACUUGGAAAAACAACAAGAAUACUGGAAAGCAAGUGAAAGCCGCAGGAUAAAUGCUGGAAGAUAUUUUUCACUGCCAUCACUCCGACCUCAAAAGACAUUCUCCAGGUCUAACUUGAUGGCAAAUCAGCAUAAUAUAAGUUUAGAUAAAAAUGUGUUGAACACCCCCCUACUGUCAGCAGGUACUGAAUACCCAUUUUCAAGCAAUCAGUUUGGUUUACUUUAUAAGUCUGGAACCUAUUUUGAGUCAUAACACUUUCACUAUGCAGGUUUGGUGUUAGUUGCAUCUCACUAAAAGAUCAGUGAAGGAUGACUGUUAUAUAAAAAAAAUCUUUUACUUUUUCAAAAAGCAGAUAUACUGGGAUUGUCCCACUAUCAACAAACUCACUUAAAACAUAAUGCCUGUGUGCUGCACAACACUUUAUACAGACAAGGACAAUCCAUUUAUGGCAUUAUGCAUGAUGCACUACAUCUGUCUCCUAUUUGUUUUCUUCAGGGAAUCUUUCAAAAUCUUGGAAUAGGUUCUGAAAUAAAGCAGAAACACAUCAUAAUUUCUGUCUUUGUACAGAUAUAGAAUAGUUUUUACAUAGUUGCUGCACUGCUGCUGCAUUGUUUAUCCAAACCAAAUAUCUGUUAGCUAACAGCAAUACGAAUUUAAAAAAAUAAAGAAAGGAUAGGUUUGGAUAUUGUUCUAAUACCCACACGCCACAUUUCCUCUUCUGCAAGAGUUCUCCUUAAUGCACCAUCACAGUAAGACAAAUGCCACUUCUCAGCAUCUGCAUCAAAGUUGGAAGUAGGCUUCAUUAAGACACAACCUGCACAUGGCUGGAAGGACAAAUAAAUCCUGUCCAUUUAGUUUAAUUAUCUGCUGGAGCUGCAUAUAGUCUUGGGCUGAAUGUAUUAGUGAUGUACCAAUCUAGUGGCUAAACAUUGGUGAGAAAAAUAUUUAAUGUAGUGGUGGGUAGUGAGUGAUUUGGAAAACAAAGACUCCCUGCCUUGCUAUCUCUUGACAUGCACCUCAGUGACGGCAUAUGCAGACCUGUGUGCAUCUACAAUGAGUAUGUGGACACUAAUGUUGACAAUAAUGAUCAGUCAUUAGUAAGGUUCACUGAUUAACCUGCUAAUGGUUAGAAUGCUAGCAGAUAGCUCCACAUCCAUACAUGCUUUUCUCAUUUCAGUGUAGCAAUAAUGCUCUGCUAAAAAUAGAUGUAUUGAUUCUACUUUUUUCUUCAAGUAAAAGAACAAAAAUGCAAGCUCUCUAAUGAAGCUCUGAAAUGAAAGAGUACUUGUUAUUCAAAGUAUUUGUACUUAACAAAAACAAAACACAAAAACUGUUGAACUCAUAGCAUCAGUCCAAAUGUUCAUGAUCGGUGCACCCCUACAUUGUAUUUUUAAAGAAAAUUUUAAGUUUGGUACUUCUUUAAUUAUAGUGUCAUCAGAAAGGACUGACUACAGCCAAGAGUAGCUCUGCAGGCAAAUGGCUGUUGUAUAAGACAGUGGAAGAAGUAAGAGUGUUGCAUAAGAUUUAUAAAGAAUUUGAACUUAUCCUUUAAAUCAUAAUCAAAUACAGGUCUGUAGUAACACCCAUGUUGUUAACUGUGUUUUACACCAAGACCUUUCCUGACCUAAACUGUGUCAGUGCAGGCAGAAUUUCUCAUUUUCACUGUGCUUUCUGCGCUAAAACAACGCAGGGCAACAAAGCACCGACUGCUGUUUCCCUCCUCGUCAGCUGGUGUGGCCACUCACUGAUCUCAUUAAGCUGCACCCAUGAAUUCAGUGUUCAUCUGAGAUAUGGGCUCAGCCUGAUGUUUGAUGCAUGUUCAUACUCACACACAUGGUGCUUAAUUCCUGCCUCCUGUCUUCUUGUUUGAGUGUUUCUUUAUUGCCCCUAUCAAUUUGACCACAACAAUUGUCUUCUUAGUUUGCAGUGUUCAGCCAGUUGUGGAGCAUGUUAAGUCAUGCCUGUCUGGCACAGUUACCACAGAUAAUUUAUUGCCGAUGCAACGAUAAACCGAAGAGGAAGAAAAACUGGCGAGCCCUCUGUUAUGCCGUACACAUGGUGUGUCUUCCUGAAUCUCCUUGUUCUUGGCCCCACAGCCUGAGCCAAGCAGUUCUUUUCUACACACUUGAUGAAAUCCUGUAAUCCAUUAUAUUCCUUUUUUGUUUCUUAAAGGGGCCACAUUGUCCAAUCCCAUGUUCAACUACAGGAUGGUUAUUGGGCUAGUUGGAUUAUUAUUGUAUUUUUUCAUUUUUUAUUUUUUUAAAUGUUUUUUUUUUUUAUUUGUUUUGUUUUUUUAACCAGCUUUUGCAUUUUGUACAGCAAAAGAAACCAAUGACCUACACAAGCUGUGCUGUAUACUAUGUAUACAUUUAUUAGCUCUGUGGAAAAAUAAUGAAAAUACUUUUUUAUCUUUUAAUUUCUACACAGACAGUUAUAAUUGUCUUUGACCUCUGUAUAUUUAUUCCAAAAAUAAAGCCAUUAAUGUAAAACUGGGACUGAAAUAUUGCAUUAUUGUUAUGCACAUUCAUCCAACUGCAUCCAUACUGAUCAUCAUUGGACUGAUUUUUCAUUUAUGAAAUUUCCAGCUGACAUUAGUUGCUUUUCCAUUGGACAUAUGCGCAUAACUUCACUGAUAUUUACUACAUGUCAAAAGAACAAGUGUGUAAUGUUAGUUUUUCCAUUAAAUCACAAAUGUGAUGAUUUGUUUAUUUAUUAUUGAGAGAUGUCCUGAUAAGUCAUUCCAUAAAACAUGGCAACAAACAAUAUCACGUUAAUUUACAGAUAUAUUCAUAUUUCUCUCAUAGCACCCUCUAGGUCCUGGAAAAUGCCUAUAUUCCUCUGUUGUUUUGAAUCUAGAAUGCUCGUUACACCUCUAUCCUGUACUAAAUUCAAAAAUUCAGU